CCGCGCCGCGUCAGGAAGGCGGGGACUCGGGUAGCGGCGGCGAGGAUCCGGCUCCUGCGCUCCCAGUCCCGCAGCCGGCGCGGUAGGUGUGCCCGCAGCCAGUGCGCCCCGGCUCCAGGCCCAGCCGGCCGACCUGAGGGCGCCCGGAGGGUGUGCGCGCCCCGGACAGCAGGGUGCGGCGGCGCGCGGUGCGUGCCAGGACGCGGACGGUGCAGAGGAAGGAGAACUGUGCCACGGAAGACCGUGCAGCUGCAGCUGCGUGCACCCCAAAGCCGGGUGGGAGCUCGCGCUGCUCCUCGCUUCCAGCCAGAACCCCGCGGCUCCCCAAGAACUCUCCACGAAUCACGCAGACUCCGUGGAUGUGGAGUACCUGAGAGACGAUGGAGAAGAUGGACGGUAGGCAGUUUCUGUCCCCUGAUUUAAAAGCCAAGGACCAGUCCCCUCAGGGGGAUGAAGAGAAAGAGCCUCCAAAGAGCUACCCCUACUCUGUGGAGACCCCAUAUGGCUUUCAUUUGGACUUGGACUUUCUCAAAUACGUGGAUGACAUUGAGAAGGGACACACCAUCAAAAGGAUUCCUAUCCACAGGAGAGCCAAGCAGGCUAAGUUUAGUACUCUGCCCCGAAACUUCAGCCUUCCCAACAGUGGGGACCGCUCCCAUGCUGCUCCUCCCCAGCAGAACUGGUCUCCUGUGGUACCCAGAAAGAUAUCCCUGGGGACCCAGGAGCAAUCCCAGUCAGUCCCACUGGGUGAUCUCCCCCAGGCCACAGUGCACGGCAAUGAGCUGAGUUACCACAGGAAGGCCCUCUUGGCAAAGGACACCAGGCAGGUGGAGGCUGGUUCUCUGGAGGAUGCUGGGAGUGGACGGCCCCAGUUGUUGAGAGCAUCCAGCAUGCCCGCUACACUGCCGCAAAACCAGGCCCCCGAAGUGCCCAACCUGACCUCAGGCCCUUCUGCACUUCUUGUCCUCCCUCCUCUCCAGGAUGAAGGCAGUGUCCGGGAUGGUACCUUUGACCCUGCAGAAGGGCUCAUGGGUUUCCAAGCAGCGGCCCAGUCAACAGACAGAGCGGUGGAAGAACUGGAGCCAGCAAUCCCAGAGCCGGUCUGGGAGGGGGCUGAACCAGAAGAAGGUGACAUCAAGGCUGCAAGUCACCUCUCUCAGCCGGCUCCUUCCUCCUCAGUUCAGAAUGUCUCAGUGGAUCUAGAGGAGGUAGACAUUCAGCACCAUACUAGAACAGCAGACCUGGCGUUAUCACCUGGCUCCUCCACUCCCAGCCCUCCCCCUCUGCCGUCCCCCAUCCCUGAGAACGAGCUCUCCCUGGAGGAAAUUGAGCUCAAUAUCAGUGAGAUCCCGCCCCCUCCACCCAUAGAAGUGGAUGUGAGGAGUGUCGGUGUCCGGGUAACAGAGGAGAGCCUGGGCCUGGUGGAGACUGCUACCAGCAGCAUCUCCAGUCUGAAAAGUCAGGUCCUGGACCUAGAGGACAAAUUGUCAGGGAGAACUGAAGAGCUCGCCCAGGUCAGAGCUGCCCUUGAGCAGCAGGAAGAAGAGACCAAGGCUAGGGAGCAGAGGAUUCAAGAGUUGGAGUGUACCGUGGCCCAUUUAGAAGAAAAGCUUAGUCAAGAGAAGGCCAGUGACGCUCUGGACAGGACUGACGCCAUGGUGAACACUGACCCCCUCCGUGAGCUCAUCCCUAGAGAGUCACAGGACAAGAACAUCGGGGUCAACCUGCUGAGCACCCCAGUUCCUGAAUGCUGGGCAUCGAGAGCAGAAAAGAAUGGCUUCCCAUGGGUCCAAACUAAUCACAAGCAAAGCUAUCCGAGCCCCGAAGAACCCGCACUGCCACCCCAACUGUCACUGCCAAGGGGGCCUGAGCAGAUCCUCGCCUCAUCCUUAUGUAGCUGCCUCUCCAUGGAACUCCGGAUUGAAGAGGAGGUUUCUGAACAGGAGAGAGACCCAGACGGGGGAGCUGGGAGCUUGAGCAGGGAAGCAGGAGGCUCUCCCUGGAGCAGAAGAGAAUCUGCUCCAGUGAUCAGGGAGGAGGCCAGCUCACAACUCCCAGGGGCAGAGCGUCCAGGAAGGCCAGCAAGUUCCCCACAAGACGCCACAAUCGGGCAGUAUGUCAAGAAGAUCCAAGAGCUACUGCAUGAGCAGUGGAACUGCCUGGAGCACGGGUACCCGGAGCUGGCCAGCGCCAUCAAGCAGCCUGCCUCCAAGCUCAGCAGCAUCCAGAACCAGCUGCUCAGUUCCCUUAACCUGUUGCUCUCUGCCUACUCAGCUCAGGCUCCAGAGCCCAAGGAAUCCCCUGUUCCGCCCUCCUCCACCCCUCCCCCACCUCCAGAGAUCUCUCCGUCGACCAGCCUUAAAUCCAUAAUGAAAAAGAAAGACUAUGGCUUCCGUGCAGGAGGUAAUGGGACCAAAAAGAACCUUCAGUUUGUUGGGGUUAACGGUGGCUAUGAGACCACAUCUAGCGAGGACACCAGUGGGGAAGACAGCUCCCCUGAGGACUUGUCUGACAGUGAGACCGAGAAGAAACAAGACUGCUCAGAGCCCAGGGAGGACAGAGACAUGCAUCUCAGCUGUGAGGCCGGGCAGGGAGUCUCCAAAGGCACCGGUAACUCAGGCCACAUGAGUGAGCCGAGGAAGGGAGUCUCUCACAUGAAGGCCGAGAGAUAUAAACCCUCAGAGGAGUUUCUUAACGCAUGCCAGGCACUGAGCCAGCACCUGCCGGAAGCCGGGGCCACCAACAAGCAGCUCCUGAGGCAAAGCUUGAAUACCAUCAGUCAGGAGUGGUUCCGCGUGUCCAGCCGGAAGUUAUCUAGCCCCGAGGCCGUGGCCGCCUGCCUCCUUGAGGUCCAGCCUCAGUCUCCACAUCUUCUGAAGCUACUUGUCAACUUGGCUGACCGAAGCGGGAACACAGCCCUUCACUACAGUGUGUCGCACUCCAACUUCGCCAUUGCCAAGCUUCUGCUGGACACAGGUGUCUGCAAUGUGGAUCAUCAGAACAAAGCUGGCUACACUGCUGUGAUGAUCACUCCCUUGGCUUCUCCAAAGACAAAAGAAGACAUGGCGGUCGUCUGGAAGCUCUUACGAGAAGGGAACGUGAACAUACAAGCAACUCAGGGAGGCCAGACUGCACUGAUGUUAGGAGUCAGCCACGACCGGGAGGACAUGGUGCAAGCGCUACUGAGCUGCAAGGCGGACGUCAACCUGCAGGACCAUGAUGGAUCGUCGGCCCUCAUGCUGGCCUGUCACCAAGGCAACGCGGACCUGGUGCGACUGCUCCUGGCACACGCAGACUGCAACAGCAACCUGACUGACAAGGCUUAGGCGUCAAGUGGGUGUCAGGGGACCUUCAGCGUGACAAGGAGUGGUAGUGAGACCUGCGCACCGGCUGCCAACUUCUUCCUGAGAAGACAUUUCAGAAUAUCCAUCGAAUGGGAACGUUUCUGAGACAGAGAUUACAGCUUGAGCAUCAUUACCUGAUAUAUAAUGGGUUCGUGGUGAGUUCUUAUUUAUUGAAAGACACUGUAGCACGCACGCACCAUCUAUGCAAACCCUCCACUUUUUAGCUCAGUCAAGUGUAUGCCAAGUCUGCAGUGUGGUAGAAUAGAACUCACUAGAUCCAGCUACCGCAGAAGCCUCCUUGUGCCCUUCCUUCCCCAGACUGCAGGAGAUAUUUACAUUUAGCAGACGCUCUCCCUGCCUAGGUGGUCUCUUUCUCCCACUUCCCGUCGUGUCUUCCGCUGAGAAGCCAGCAGAUGGAAACUGUCGCCUCCAGAUGGACUCUGUCAGAAAACGCAUAGCCGCUGGGACUGGCCCUGUGGCACUUUCCCAUGGUAACAGUCACCGCACACUCUGUUUACAUAAAGCUCUGGGAGGCCAAGGCCAGCUUGGAACACAGAGUAAAGCUAGCCCUCCCUCUCCCCUGACAAUUCCCUGUGGAGCAGUCCUCUCUCCUCUAUACUGUGGGGACUCCCUGCUUGAAAACUGUUCCUUGUUCUGGGUUUGCUCAGUCAAAGCAGAGACUCCUCAGGAUUGCUUGACUCCUUUAUCAACUUGAACCAAACACCUCUGCUUAUGCAGACUGAGCUUUCAACAGUGUUCAGGGCUGAGCACGGCCAGGCAGCCCACCUAUGCCAGGAUGCAGCUGGGACCAGGCCAGACUGAGCUCCUGAUCUGAGAGAGACAGAGAGACAGAGAUCAGAACUGAUCACAUGACUUAGCAGAUUCCAGCCUAAAUAGAAAGGAGCGGGGAGGGUGGACAGCAAAUUCAAGGCUAGCCUGGAAUACUUAUCAGGUCACUGUUUCCAAAAGAAAGCAAGAACUGUAGACUGAGAGUGUACAUAGCUCUUGCAAAGGAUCCAAGUUCAGCUCCUCAUAUCCACAAGGGGCUCAUAAGGCCUUUAAGCCCCAGGGCUUUUUGGAAUGCUGGCUGUAGGAUUAUGCCCACUCAUAAGAGACUGGCUGUCCCUGUGGAGCUCACCCUCCAACCCCGAGGUGUGUGGGCUUUCCCUCCAUCUCUGUUCAGCCAGCCACCCUGUCUCAGGAGAACCCACAGGUCUAGUUCUUUACACUACAGGACUUUGCAUAGUGAGUGGGUUGUGCUUUGGAGAAAGUGCUACAGUGACUUCGAGCCAGGAACUGUUAACAUGCACAAGUGCUGUGAGCUCACUCCUGGUCCUAAGGAAACAACUAGCAAUGGGAGGAUGCUGGGCGAUAGCCCAGUUAGUAAAGUGCUUGCAGUGUGAUCGAGAGGACCUGAGUUUAAUCCCCAGAACCCACAGCUGUAAAAAACAUCCAGGCAUUGGAACCCAUGCUUGUAAGGGGGCUCACUCCCCAGCUAACCUUGCCUACUUGGCAAGUUCCAGGACAGUGGGAGACUCUGUCUCAAAAUGAACAAGGUAGACAGUACUUGAGGAACAACACCAUGUUGAGCUCAGGCCUCUGCAUGCACAUACAUAUAUGUACACAUGCACGGAUGAAGGUGAACACACACAAACACGUACACACAUACAGGCACAAGGAGAAUAUGCUUUUUCAGUGAGUUUAUGACCAUGGACACAUAGAAACAAACAGGAAGUGGAAAUUUUCUGGUAUAUUAUGGGCUGUUUUGACAGCCUAUAAGAAGACAUGCAUUAUGAAGACGGAUAAUGGGGAAACAUCCCCUAGCAUACCACAGUAAUUUACAGUAAAGGGGGAGUUCUAGGGAGACGUGCACCCCCCAUUCCACUGCUUUAAAACCAACAACAGGUUUGCACAGGAGAGAGCACAAAGAGAACACACUGAAAUGCUAAUGCUCACUUAGAUCUGAGAGGGAAGGUUAUUUUCCAAUUUUCUUAAGUGUUGAGGGUUUGACAACCCUUUCUCUGUUCCCACUGACACAGGAAGAGAGCGGUUCUUGCGGAAGGGACCCUCAUGUCUCGUGGUCCCAUUUCUCAUGGCCCCGGUGCCAUUUGAGUCACAUCCCCUCCUGGGUCACCUGAUGUUUCUAACAUCCUUGUCAACAAUGCCCCCACUCUCUCCUCUGAGUGGGGAGGCGGAUAGGAUGAUUUUAUUUCUUUC